ACAAAAACAGAAUGAGUAGAGAAAAAUAUGAAAAAAUUUUUGAUGAAGUGAUCGAAUUGAAAAAGAAGAUAGCCAAUAUUGUGGAAAAAACAACACCGGUGACCGUAACAUAUAGAGUAGAAUCAUUCCUUAAGCACAUCAGAUUGAAUUGGAAAAGUUUUUUUGAAAUAAUCUCAACAUUAAAUACUGAACAAUCAUUAAAACAUUCUAAUAUUAUCGGUGAUAAUGAUUUUAUCCUUGUUUACCAUUCUGAUGCUAUUCGUAAAACUCUCGAAGUCAUACAAAAAACAUCCAAACAUGUUGUUUUCAAUUAUUUUUGGCUCAAAGCUUUAUCAUAUUGGUGGAAUGAAGUUCAACCUAAAAAUCAAGACAGUUGUUAUAGAAUUUUCGAUUCUGCUGAAUUUCCUUUAAUAUUAGCAAUCAAUCGGUUAUAUGUUGAUUAUUCAUUGAAAAAUGGCUCAAAAUCAAAGCUAGUUCAUAUGUUCCAUCAAUUGAAACGGUCAGCCAUUGAAUCUAUGGAAAAAAAUACGAUAAUAGAUGAGAAAACUCGACAACGAGCAAUUGAAAAACUCCGAAACAUCAUUGAUAUUAUUGGCUUUCCUGAAUGGCUUAUUAUUGAUGAACAUCUUGAUGAUUUUUAUGGAAUUCAUGGUUCUCUUGAUUCAUUGAUUGCACAUCAUUAUUGUAUUUCAUAUAUUCGACUAAUGAGAUACUUUAAAUAUCAAAUGUUUCGAAUAAUGAAAAAUAAGGAUUUCAGUUUUCGAGAAAUCAAUUUUUCCCCAUUAAUGGCUAAUGCUUUUUAUAACCGUCAUAGAAAUAGUAUUGAAAUUGAACCCACAUUAUUAAAAUUACCAUUGUUUGAUGCUGAACUUCCAUUUUAUGUGAAUUAUGCCAAACUAGGUUCUAUAAUUGCGCAUGAAAUUACACAUAGUUUCGAUAAAGAAGGUAUUAAUUAUGAUAAAAAUGGAGUUUUCCAAGAAUGGUGGACAAACAAAUCAUUGCGAAAUUUCGAAAAUAGAACACAAUGUUUUAUUGAACAAUAUAGAAAUUACAGUGAACAUUCAUAUGGACUCUGGCGAAAUAAUUCAACAUUGAGUGAAGAUAUUGCUGAUAACGGUGGUUUACGUCUUGCAUAUAUGGCAUAUCAAAAUGAAUUAAAAAGUGUUCCAAACCUUGGAAAGCAACCACAAUUAUUGCCAAGAUUAGUUGACAAAAAAAUGACUGUUGAUCAAAUAUUUUUUCUAUCAUUAGCCCAGAUAGAAUGUGGGGUUCUAACAAAUGUUCAAUUAAAAGAUUUGAUAAACAAACAUUACCAUUCACCACCAGAAUCUCGUGUCAAUUUAUGUAUGCAAAAUUUUGAUAAAUUCGCAGAAAGUUUCAAUUGUUCGAUGGGAUCACCAAUGAAUCCAAAAAAACGUUGUCUUUUAUGGUGAUGAUGACAAUUAUCAGAGUAAUUUUUG